CAUACCUCUGCAAAAUGAAAGAAGCAAUCUAAUUGGUUGCUAUGGGCAACUGGGCAAAUUUUCCUCUGUACAGGUUUUGAUAAAUCUCUUCCACAGUUGUUUAGCUCCAAGACAAGCAAAGAUUCUUCCUAAGCAUAUCUAUUACUGUCUGGCAGGAUCUGCUAUCAUGCCACUUCUAAAAACAAUAAGGAGCAUUGAGCCCCUAUGGAGAGACUGGGAUAGGAAGGCCCAGAAGUCAGGCCUGAGGAGCACCAUGUACAGUGGCAGUGGAGAUCAGUACACAGGGGAAUGGAGGAAUAAUCUGAUGCAUGGUAAAGGCAAAUAUGUCUACAAAAAGGCCAAUGCCAUCUACCAAGGAGACUGGAUAUGUGGGAUGAGGAGUGGAUAUGGGACGUAUGCUGUGAAAGACGCCACCACUGAAGAAUACAUCAGAGUUUAUGCUGGAUACUGGAUGAAUGACAAGAAACAUGGAUAUGGCACUUACUAUUACUCAGAUGAUGAAUACUAUGAAGGUGGCUGGGAGUGCGGUAAAAGGAGCGGAUGGGGCAAGAUGCUGUACACCAAUGGUGACAUCUAUGAAGGAGAAUGGCAUAAUAACAAGUGCUGUGGACUUGGAAUGCUCUUCUUAGCAAACAAGAAUUGCUAUGAAGGUUCCUGGAGGAAUGGAAUGAAGCACGGUCCUGGGAAAUUUUACUUUUUUGACACAGGGAGAAUCUAUGAUGGAGUUUGGGUAAAAGAUAUCCCCAAGUGUGGAACUCUGGAGGACGCUGACUGCUCAGAAGCACUGAACACAGAGAAGCUGCCUAUUCCAGAGGUGAAAGUGGCCAACCCCAAAGAAGUCCUUGAGGAAGUUCAAAGGUCCAUUCUCCAAGAAGAGAAAAGAAAAAGUGACGCCACCUAAUCUAACCACAAGUGUGCCCAAGAGCCCGAGAACACGACUGACACGAUGGGCAUGCCUCAGGGGUAAUAGCAAUAUAACCACGAAUAUCAUAUAGAUGUAAUACUAGCAACUCAUCUAUAUAAAUAAUAAAAAUAAUAAGGAAUCAUUAAAAGGUAUAUAGUUCUAAAAAAAAUAAAAACUGUACCAGCAUCUAAGCUCAAAACAUGUGGGCAUGAGAUGUAAGGUGCCAUGCUAUGUGUGCACCUUACGGAAGCUAUGGGCAUACCUUUUGUUUACUAACAUCUUAACUUUACUCUAAAACAUUCUAUUUGGCAGGAUUUGUUUGUGUAAGUGAUAUAUAUAUAUAU